CGUGCGCUCCUCCGGGCGAGGCCCGAGCGCGAUUGGGCGCGCGGGCGGGGGCGGGGCCUGGCCCGGGAGCGGCGCGUGCGCGGAGCGGCGGGAAGAUGGUGCUGAUCAAGGAGUUCCGAGUGGUUUUACCUUGCUCCGUGCAAGAGUAUCAAGUUGGGCAGCUUUAUUCCGUGGCAGAAGCUAGCAAAAACGAAACAGGAGGUGGGGAAGGAAUUCAGGUCUUAAAAAAUGAGCCUUAUGAACAGGAUGGCGAGAAGGGACAAUAUACUCACAAAAUCUAUCACUUAAAGAGUAAAGUCCCUGGGUUUGUAAGGAUGAUUGCUCCAGAAGGUUCCCUGGUGUUCCAUGAGAAGGCCUGGAAUGCAUAUCCCUACUGUAGAACAAUUGUGACAAAUGAAUACAUGAAAGAUGAUUUCUUCAUAAAAAUUGAGACCUGGCAUAAACCAGAUUUGGGAACAACAGAGAACGUUCACAAUUUAGAUCCAAACACAUGGAAGAGUGUUGAGGUUGUCCACAUUGACAUUGCAGAUAGAACUCAAGUAGAACCAGGAGACUACAAAGCUGAUGAAGAUCCUGCAUUAUUCCAGUCAGUUAAGACAAAGAGAGGACCUCUGGGGCCAAACUGGAAGAAAGAGUUAGCAACUGAUGAGGAGUGUCCCAAAAUGUGUGCUUACAAAUUGGUGACCAUCAAAUUUAAGUGGUGGGGACUGCAGAACAAAGUGGAAAAUUUUAUACAAAAGCAAGAAAAAAGGAUAUUUACCAACUUCCACCGCCAGCUGUUCUGUUGGAUUGACAAGUGGAUUGAGCUGACUAUGGAGGACAUCAGGAGGAUGGAGGAUGAAACCCAGAAGGAGCUGGAAGCGCUGCGUAACCAAGGCCAAGUGAGAGGAACGAGUGCUGCCAAUGACGAGUGACGCCGGACGGACGCCGGUGCCGGAUCCUGGCUGUGUGUGUGGGUGCAUGGCUCUGUAUAUAACUACACACACACAUGCAGACACAAGGGGUGGUUACAGUGUCUCUCUCUGGGUGCUAUACCUGUCCUAGCAAAGAUUCCAAGGAAAACUUGCUUUCAUUAUGUAUACCCCAAGCAAAUAAAAGAAUCAACUGAG